AUGUAUAAGUUGGUGGUGAUGGGCAGCUGUUUUGUGGGCAAGAGCGCCCUGACCCUCCAGCUUCUCCAGAAUCGAUUUGUGACCGAGUAUGAGCCCACCAUUGAAGACUCCUAUCGGAGGCAGACAGUGGUAGAUGGGGAACCCUGUCAGCUGGACAUCCUGGACACCACAGGCACUGCUGAGUACAGCAUUCUGCAGGACCAGUUCAUACGCUGGGGGGAGGGCUUCCUCUGUGUCUAUGCAGUGGAUGACUUCAAAUCCUUCCAGCACGUGAGCAUUGUGUGGGACCAUUUGCAGAGAAUCAAGGAUACUGACCGGGUGCCCAUGGUGUUGGUAGCCAACAAAACUGAUGUGACCAAAUGGCUGGUGGACCCCGCACUGGGCCAAGGGGUAGCUGAGAGCUUCCGGGUUCCCUUUGUGAAGACAUCAGCCAGGACCGGACGAGGUGUAGAGCAUGCCUUCCAUGAGCUGGUCCGGGAGAUUCGGAGGUGGAGAACCCAGGAGGAGCUUAAGGGCUACCCUGAGAUUAGAGAGAACCAGGGCUGUGGCACCAAGCAUUGCACAAUCCUGUAA